CUUCAGAGCUCCAAAGAAGUAAGGGAAAGAGAUGGUGAGAGGUCCAUGCUGUGAGAAAAUGGGGCUCAAGAAAGGUCCUUGGACCCCUGAAGAAGACCAGAUUCUCAUCAAUUAUAUCAACCUCUAUGGCCAUGGAAACUGGCGAGCCCUCCCAAAACAAGCUGGGUUAUUACGGUGUGGAAAAAGUUGUAGACUUCGAUGGACAAAUUACCUAAGGCCAGACAUUAAAAGAGGAAAUUUCACUCAACAAGAGGAGGAAACCAUUAUGAAGCUACACCAAAUGCUUGGAAACAGAUGGUCGGCAAUUGCUGCAAGAUUACCGGGAAGAACCGACAACGAGAUUAAAAACGUGUGGCACACUCAUUUGAAGAAAAGGAUUACACAAAAUUACGCCACUCCACAACUCAGAAAUUACACCGCUGUGAACCGACAGAGCUACGGCGGGGAUAUCCCCGCCGUGGCUGGAGAAGAAUCAGCAGCACAAUCCUACAAAUUUACGACCUUUCAUUCCAUGCAGAGCUGUGGUUCGGCUUCUUCGCCGCCCCAUUGCUCCAGUGAAAGCUCCUCCAUCGUCACGGCAGAGAACGGUGAGUUGUCGACAAAUAAUCUGCCGGAAGCCGACGACAGCUUCUGGAUGGAAGUUUUGGCCAAUGACCAAAUCGCCAUGGUAGGGAGCCAACAGGGAUUUGUAGGUGAAAUAUAUGAGGGCCAGUUUGGUAAUUUGACAAUGGAGCAGCCAGUUAAUGAGACUAUGGAUUUUUGUUAG